UUCUUUGAGCACCCAUGUUUAAAAUAGAGAGAUAUGUGAGUCUGAAUAAUCUUUAAAUUGGUAAAAAAAAAAAAAAACAUAAAUAAAUCAUUUACAUCAAAUGAAGGAACUUCGAAUAAUUAUUAUAGCUGCUUCUAUGGCAUUGCUUAAAAUAAACAUCUGACGCUAAUUUUUAAAUGUUAAUUUGCACUUUGUAUGUGUAGGUUUUCAGCCGACCAUGCUUUCACUUAUUGUUGUCUUUUUUGGGGAAAUAAGACAUCUAGUGUGCUUAAAGUAAAGUUCCGCAAAUUCUUGUUUGGCGUUUAUUUAAACGUUAUGUUGAUUUAACCGAUGCUUUUUUUUAUUAUUAUUUUACACCUGGAGUGAAAGAGGUUCCACUAUACAGGAAUUUUGUAUUUAAGUUUUUAAAGUAAUUUUGUGUUACUCUACCACACAGGCAUGUUCAGAUAAAUAUUUCUGGUGAUUAUUCAUGUUAUAAGUGUCGUUAGAUUAUACAGCUAUAUAAUCUAACGGCUAAUCUAUAUCUAUAUGUAUAUCUAUGCCAUUGCUACUAUUUAAAUGAAUACAUAAAUACAUAAAACUUAUUGUCCCCAUUUUAAGAAAGAUUAAAUUGGCUUGAAAUCUCAGCAACGCUGGCCCUGGCGCUUGCCAGUCCAAAAUCCGUGUUUGUGUCAAGCGUGAAUUCAUAUAGCCUAUUUAAGAUAAUUUAAUACAAAUGCAUUACAAAUACCUCAAAGUAAUCAUCAUACCCAUUAGAAAACGUAAUUGUCCCAUAAAACGUCAGUAACGUGUGUGUACUUUGGGUAAUGGUAAUGGUAGGGGUGGGACUGAAGAUGCAUCAGUAGGUUUUAUAGGGCCCAUGUGUUAACCUCAUAAAUGACAUUGUUUGAAGGAGGGUGGAGUCGACUCCCUAUCCCCGAGGGGGCAGAAAGUGUUAAGACCCCCUCGUUGCCCUGUGGAAAGUGGGAGAGAACCUCAGGGAACUAGCAGUCCAGCGCAUCAAAUCCCACUGGCACAAGAGCAGUAAUGUAUAAUCUAGUCUCCGAUUACUCAAAAACCCGUGUUCAGAUUGAAAUGUCGCAUAAAGGAAUUGGAAUACUGCAGUUCUGGGGAAGCCUGUGUUUCCUGUGGUUUUGUACAGCAGACAUGUGCAGCUGGACUGGAAGCUGUGUGUUUGGCAGCGGGUUAGUGCGGGACCCUCUCUCCGGACCGGUUCAGCAGGUCAGGCUGCGAUGCUCGGCGGGGUCAGUCCGCUGGCUCUUCCCGUGUCUCGCGCUGCGGCUACUGCUCAAUCCAAACGUGGCCUCCUCGCGCCCCGCCGCUCUCUGCAUCAAGGCCACGCGCGCGUCUCGCGGAGCGGCCGUAUACGUGGAGCGCGCGGGAGAGCUGGAGCUGCUGAUGGAGGACGGAGGGCGUCCGGAGCAGGUGCACUGUAUCAGCACGGACGGAGCGCAGGGAGCGGCCGUCUUCCUCCAGGCCAACCCGCAGAGCGACUACCGGCGGCGAGCUGUGGGCUUCCGAUACGAGCUACUGCAGGAAAAGAGCACCACCAGCAGAGCUGCCUGCAGACCCUGCAACGACUCUGAGAUCCUUCAGGCCAUCUGCAGCAGCGACUUCGUGGUCCGUGGCUCCAUACGGAAUGUAUCCCAUCACCCUGAGCGGCAGACGUCCGUCAUCGAGGUUGUAGAGGCUCAGGUGUACCGGCAGCGCAGCGGCGUCUUCGAGAGAGAGCCGGUCGUUUCUGGCCACUGGCACGGCCACAUCCGCACCCCCCUGCAGUGCCACGUUAAAGCAGGACCCGGCCAGUUCCUCUUCACCGGAGACGAGCACUUCGGAGAGGCCUUGCUCAGCUGUGCUCCAAGAUUCAGAGACUUCAUAAAGCUGUAUCAUUCAGCCUCAGCAUCUCAAAACAUCCCCUGUGAUUUCUCCAUACACUGACCCUCACUGAGUCACAUUAAAACCUGAAGAAGACUGGUGAACUAAAUUAAUUCCAUUGAUUAUCUUUUUGCAUUGGUGUCUAUUGAGAGGAAGGAUAUGCUCUCCAUAUUAGGCAGCAAGUGAACUGUCAGUUCUGGUAGUUGUACCUACCAAGUGGUUAAAAUACACUCAAUUUCCAAUUGUUAAGAGGACAGGACCUGUCCAAUAGAAGCUAAAGAAUGCUGCACUGACUUGUGGGAUAUGUGGGGUCUCCUGGAUUGAAGAUGAAUGUGAUUGAUUGAUUUCUGCCAGAGUUUCUUGUCUGUACUUUCAGACAUUUCUAACCAGAAGUUCAAGAUCCUGCUCAAGAUCCUUACCACCACCUUCUGCUGCUAACGUAUUGGUGGCAAAUACUACAGGAGACCUUGUGGAGUUCAUACCUCGAUGAAUCAGCGCUGUUUUUGUGGCACUGAACAAGAAAGAACUACGCAAUAUUAGGCUGGUGAUUCUAAUGUUCAAUUCAAUUUUAGUUAAUGACCCUUGUGAUCAUAUUAUGUAUUUUUUUUACCUUAUAAUUCCAUGUUUAACAUAUUUUUUCGACUUGUUCUAAAUCAAGGUAUGGAUAUUUUUGCUAAGACUAAGUCUGUACAUAUCUGCAAAUUCUUAAAAGCAAAAUUUCCUCCCCUCCUUUCAUUUUUGAAAAUAUUUCCAUCGAAUGUUUGCAUGAGCAUACUAGCCCUGUAGAGGAAGGAAGGAGCAACUUGUUAAUGAUCUCAAGGGAGCUGGGAGCACAGUUAAUAUACCACCAUUAAAAUAUUGAUGAACAUACAUACGAACAAGGGUCAAAAAGACCUUUUAUUGCACCAUCAAACAGGUAAAAUAUUAACAAAUAAUAACAUAAUUUGCUAACAAGACUGAAGAAACAUUUUAACCAUUUUUUCUAUUUGUCCAUCUGCUGCCUGUCAGCGUGAAGUGACUAUCCGGAGUCGCCAAACACAGACCAAAGGGAUGACAUGACAGAUAGCUAAUAGUCCUCUUCCUCUAUUGUAAUCUACUUCCAAGUGAGAGCUUUGCAAAUCCAGCUUUUUUUUAUCUGUGUCGCCACCCACUGCUCUUCUCAAAGGACGGGUGAAAAUGACGAAUUAACACCUCCAGCCCUGCAUUAAAACCCACAGGGCCCAACUGGACCUGUUUAAACGCUGUAGAUGUUGUUAAUUCAACUGUUGUUAAAUUGCUGUGAGUGACAAAAAACAAAUACAGUCUCAGUAAUUUACUAACUACUGCACAGCAUCUCUUUAAUGAUUUGUGUAAUGUUUAUAUAAUGAUUUGUGAGUUUUAUGAGUGUGUGUGUGUGUGGGGUGGGGGGGUAUGGUAUUUAAAUGUUAUAUUUUGUCUUAAUAUACAAUUUUAAUCAGCUUUGUUCCUCACUCAGCUGAUUUAUAAUGGUUACAGGGUAUUAUAAUGUUUUUUAAAUGGUUUUGAAUCAAGUUAAAUGAAUUGGAACUGAAUGUCACAUGAAUUUUACUUUUGUUAUAAUAAUAAUUUGUAUUAAAAGUUAUGCUUCAUUUUCUGUA